UCAUGUCCGUUUCCCCGUCCGAGCGCAAGGCGACUCCAGCAUGGCUGACACCGGGCUUUUGGAAUCACUCUUACGGCUGCUGGAGAAGGUGGACGGCGGCACUGACAGCCAGGAUGUGGCAGCCGAUCUCGGGGUGGAUCAUCAGGUGAUCGUCGGCGCGGUGAAGAGCCUGCAGGCGCUGGGAGAGGUGAUCUCGACAGAGCAGAAGUCCUCCAAACACUGGGAGCUGACAGGAGAGGGCCGUGAGAUCGCAGAGCAGGGCAGUCAUGAAGCCCGAGUGUUCAACGCCAUCCCGGACGAGGGUCUGCCGCAGAAUGGACUCAUGAAAAUGCCGAGCGGGAAAGUUGGUUUCAGCAAAGCCAUGUCUAACAAAUGGAUCCGUCUGGAUAAAGCUCACGAGGGAGGACCACGAGUCUUCAAAACCGUGGAAACUAUUGAGGAUACAGUAAGGGACAAACUACAGCUGGUGCAGAAGGGACAGUCGGCAAAACUGGAAGACAAAGAAAAGACUGAACUCAAGAAACGCAAACUGCUAUCUGAAGUGACGGUUAAGUCAUACUGGAUCACUAAAGGCAGCAGCUUCAGUACCACCAUCACCAAACAAGAGACAGAACUCACUCCAGAGAUGAUUGCCAGUGGCAGCUGGAAGGAGAAGAAGUUCAAGCCGUAUAAUUUCGAGGCGAUGGGUGUCGCUCCAGACUGCGGUCACCUGCACCCGCUCAUGAAGGUCCGGACGCAGUUCAGGCAGAUCUUCCUGGAGAUGGGAUUCACAGAGAUGCCCACCAAUAACUUCAUCGAGAGCUCCUUCUGGAACUUCGAUUCUCUCUCCUUCUGGAACUUCGAUUCUCUGUUCCAGCCCCAGCAGCACCCAGCUAGAGACCAGCACGACACCUUCUUCAUCUCGGACCCAGCCCUUGCUCACGAGUUUCCUCAGGACUAUUUGGAGAGAGUGAAGCAGGUUCAUUCUGAAGGAGGUUACGGAUCACAGGGAUACAAAUAUGACUGGAAGAUUGAAGAAGCUCAGAAGAACCUCCUGCGAACACACACCACGGCGGUCAGCGCUCGCAUGCUGUAUAAACUCGCACAGCAGGAGAAGUUCACACCAGUGAAGUACUUUUCCAUCGAUAGAGUUUUCCGUAAUGAAACUCUGGACGCUACACACUUGGCGGAGUUUCACCAGAUCGAGGGAGUGGUGGCCGACUACGGCCUUACACUGGGAAACCUCAUGGGCGUCCUGCACCAGUUCUUUACCAAACUAGGAAUCACAAAAUUGCGCUUCAAGCCUGCGUACAACCCCUACACCGAGCCAAGUAUGGAGGUCUUCAGCUAUCAUGAAGGUCUGAAGAAGUGGGUGGAGGUGGGUAACUCUGGGGUCUUCAGGCCUGAAAUGCUGCUGCCUAUGGGUUUGCCUGAGGGGGUGUCAGUCAUCGCCUGGGGUCUCUCCUUGGAAAGACCCACCAUGAUCAAGUACGGAAUCAACAACAUCCGAGAGCUCGUGGGCCACAAAGUGAACCUCCAGAUGGUGUACGACAGCCCAAUAUGUCGACUGGACUCUUAAAUGACCACAGCAAGGCUCAGCAUAUAGAUUGAUUUGUGCUCUCAUGACUCGUCUGCAUUGUUAUUGUCUGUUUAAGCCAUAACACACACCCUGAACUACACUUUGCUGCUCGGCAUUAGUUACGAGGGCCGUGUUGAACACGCUGACGUCAAAGCGGAGGAAAAGAGUCCUGUCUUUGCAUGAGGAGCAUGAUAUUGACCUUAUUACAACAACACCACCUGAUCUAGAAAUCCCUACUGGCCUCCACUUCACUCAAAGCACCACUUCUGUUUAUAUGUAGGUUAAUUCUUUGAUUUCUGCUCCACACACACACAAAUAUAUAUAUAUAUAUGUACACACACACACACACACACACACACACACAUACACAUAAUUUUAAUUGAUUUAUUGUCAUUUUCCACUGCCCGUUUUCAUGACAGCUCUGUAAAAACAGCCACCCAGUUUGUUCUCACAACCCAGAAUGCAAUGGAAACUACUGAAGUCCUCAUACUGUAGAAAUGUUCAAUUAAAAAUUUUCCAAAUCUACAGUUUGACUUACUAUAUGGUUGAUUAUUAUGAAACCACAAUUAAUUUAAAGCAGCACU